AUGGCAGAAGGAGGAAUUCCUCAACCACCAGGAUGGCCAAUUCUUGGCAAUCUCUUUGAAAUCAACCCCAGUCAAGCGAUUAAGAGUCUAUUUCGCCUGAGAGAUAACUACGGCCCCAUCUGUAAACUUGUUAUUGUCGGUAUCACUCGCAUUUCGGUUACAAACCAUGAGCUAUUCGACGAGCUCUGCGACGAACAUCGCUUCGUCAAGUCUGUCUCUGGGCCUGUUGGUCAGAUGAGAAACGGAGCCAAUGAUGGUCUGGUCACAGCUCAUCCCAACGAGGAAAACUGGGGAGUCGCCCAUCGGACUCUGCUACCAGCAUUUGGAGAGCUUCAUGUUCAGGACAUGUUCGAUGAAAUGUAUGAUAUCGCCAGCCAACUCAUUCUCAAAUGGGCUCGACAAGGCAGCGAGAAGCCAAUUAAUGUUAUAGAGGACGCUACUCGUUUCACACUCGACUCAAUUGCUCUUUCGGCUAUGGGGGCACGGUUCAACUCGUUUUAUUCCGAAGAUACACAUCCCUUCGUUACGCAUAUGCUUCGCUUCCUUGGAGAGUCCAACCUUCGCGCAAACAGGCCAGCCUUUGCGACGAAAUUUAUGUGGAGUCGAGAAAGGCAAUAUUGGGAUGAUAUCAAGUAUCUUCGGACAUUUUCAAAACAACUAUUAAGAGAAAGGCGGCAGAACCCCACGGAGAGGACGGACAUAUUAAAUGCAAUGGUCAAUGGUCGAGAUCCGAAGACGGGAGAGAAGAUGAAUGAGGAAAGCAUUAUCGACAAUAUGAUUACAUUUUUAGUAGCAGGGCACGAGACUACGGCCGGCGCAAUAGGAUUUUUAUUUUAUCAUCUCCUCAAAGACCCAGAAGUGUGGAGACAGGUGCAAGAGGAGGUUGACCAAGUUAUCGGAAACCGCCGAAUUACUGUUGAGGAUCUGUCAAAACUCCGUUAUAUCAAUUCGUGUGCCCGAGAAACGCUUCGAUUAUAUCCAACCGCGCCAGUUAUUUUCUUUAAACCAAUAGACCGAGUCCAUCCCACUGUUAUUGGUCAGGGCAGAUACACUAUUAUGCCACGCCAGUCAGUCAUGGCAGUCCUGCCAGCUAUACAUAAAGACCCUGAAGUCUGGGGAGAUGAUGUGGACGAUUUCCGACCUGACAGAAUGUCCGAUGGCAAGUUUGAAUCUUUGCCCAAGAACGCGUGGAAGCCAUUUGGCAACGGAUCGCGUUCCUGUAUUGGAAGAGCUUUUGCAUGGAAUGAGAUUAUUUUGAUCACAGCGCUCGCCGCUCAGAGCUUCAAUCUUAAAUUCAAAGAUGAAAACUAUGAGUUGGAGAUUGAUAACAUUGUCACUUUGCGACCCAAGAAUUUUUUUAUGCAUGCAGUUCCACGGCCUCAUCUAGACGCUUUAGGUAUCGCUCAGAAUAUGAAUGGUCGCGAAUCCAGCCAUGGAGGAGGAGAGGUGAUCUCCGAGAAAGUGACAACAGAAAAAGCAGCAGAAAGCACAUUACACCCAUUAACGAUCCUCUAUGGGUCGAACAUGGGAACUUGCGAGACUUUGGCUUCUUAUUGUGCUAAUGCUGCUGUGAGAAACGGUUUCAAACCCUCCAUCAUGACUCUCGAUUCCGCAGUGGGUAAAUUGCCCGUUGACCAACCUGUUGUCAUCAUUACGGCGAGCUAUGAAGGCCAGCCUGCAGAUAACGCGGCCAAUUUUGUCUCUUGGGUUCAGUCUCUACGUGAGGAGAGCCUAUCUGGGGUCAAAUUUGUCCUCUAUGGGUGUGGAAACCGCGACUGGGUGUCAACCUUUCACCGAAUACCCAAACUCGUGGACGGAGCCCUCGGCAAUGCAGGAGCACAGCGCUUGACACAGUUGUCUCUUGCUGAUGUCUCUAGCGGAUCUAUUUCUUCCAAAUUCGCAGAAUGGCAAGAUUGUAAACUUUGGCCAUGCCUAAGAGAAUCUUUUGGCUUGCAGUCUACAAAGGAGUCUAUCGGGGGGAAUUAUUUGGGUCUAGAACUUAUUGCUACUCCUCCUCCGCAAUACACUCAACAACAUGAUCAGCAACUUUUCGAUUGUACAGUGUUGGAGAACUCUGUUCUCACUGCACCUGGACACAAGGAAAAACGCCAUAUUCGUCUCAAACUGCCCUCAGAAAUAAGAUAUUCUAUCGGGGACUAUGUAAACAUCUACCCAACCAACCCGCUUACAACGGUGGCACGGGCAAUGAAUCGGUUUGGAAUCUCUCUCAACACCCAUAUGAAAGUCACCAGUGGCAUAUCCACCAUUUUUUCAAUCGGCAAAGAGUUUUCUGUUUACGAAUCACUAAGUAAAUGUGUCGAGCUGAACCAUCCUGCUACAGCUGAGAAUAUCGAAGCUAUUAUCGAACGUGUCACAAGUCCUGUUGAGAAAACAAGAUUGACAAAAUUGAUCACUUCAACCAACCUCGUUGAAGAACGGCUCAGCGUGCUAGAUAUCCUAGAGCAAGCACCCUCAGCGCCUCUAUCAUUAGGCGAAUUCCUGCAAAUGCUACAACCGAUUCGCCUUCGCCAAUAUUCAAUCUCAUCUUCUCCCUCAGAAAACCCCCAUUCGUGCUCACUGACCGUGUCGGUUGUCGAUCGAAAGGAAGACAUAAUCGCUGGUAAGCGAAUUAAAGGAGUGGCCACCAAUUAUUUGUCUGGCCUUGAGCCACAACAUCAUCUUUCGUGCGGAAUCCGAACAACGGCAUCAAACUCCAAAUUCAAGUUCCCAGAUGAUCUCCAGACGACUUCGAUGGUGAUGAUCUGUGCUGGUUCGGGAAUCGCGCCCUUUCGAGCGUUUGUCCAGGAACGAGCUUUUCGCAUGGCUUCUUCUGGUCAUAAGCUGGCGCCGGCGAUACUUUUUAUUGGCUGCAGAUCUGCAUAUGGCGAUAAACUUUUUGCGCGCGAGUUUGAGCAGUGGCAAGAGGCUGGCGUGGUCGAUGUGCGAUAUGCAUAUUCCAAAGAACCACCAGAAGAGGGGAUUCCGCGACAACAUGUCCAGGACCGACUCUGGCAGGACAGAAAAGAUCUUAUCGAAAUGUACGACGGCGGCGCUAGAUUUUAUUUGUGUGGUUCUAAUGCGCUUCGAAACUCGGUGGUUGCAACAGCCAGACAGAUCUUUGCCACGGUGGUUGAAGCGCGAGGCAUGGAGAAUACCGACGAAAUUUAUGAGCAUUGGUUUGCAAAGAUGAACAGGGACAGGGUGGCUGUGGAUAUUUUUGCGUGA